AUGUCGGGAAUGCACUCCACCUUCUCCAGCUCUGUCACCGGCGACAAACGCCACAGCCACGCCCUACUCUCCGCCCUCCAGCAGGGUUCCACCACCAGCACCGGCAGCAAUGCUACCGCCGGCUCUGACACCGCCUCGGUCUCGAGCUUCGGCAGCUCCGUCUCCCUACUCAAGGGCACGUCCCACGGCCACUCGAGCGCCGCGUCUUCAUCCCGCUCCGGCUCAAAAAAGUCUCCGUCUCUCGUGGCUCGUCAACGGGCCGCCGAGGACGCAAAGACGCAGGCCGCGAAGGCGGAGUCCUUCUCCAUGACUGGUCCCGUCCGCAACGACUUGUGA